UCGGAGUUAUUAUCCUUUCCUCAUAAAACCGCGAAUCUCAAGGGCCGAUGUAACGGUCCAUUCUCGUUCACCCUCCCAUGGCUGAGGAGACAAGAGAGAAACUGAGAUGCUCUCUUUGGUUCUUCCUUCUUACUGUCCAUCUCUCUGUCUCCUCCUUCCUACAAAUCUCACUUCCUUCCCUCCGGUUUUUACUUGUUAAAUGGGACGGAGAAGAGUAGAUUAAGUAAGGCAUUUUUUAUAGAGAAAACGAACAGGCCCUCGUAGUUGCCGUUUCUUGAUGUUCGGUCUAGCUCAGUAUAUGGAUUUUAAGUCUCUUUCCGAAGAAUCUCUCCCCCGAUUUGUCUCCCCCACCUCUUUCGUCCGCUUCACCGGAAUCUGAGGGACGCCCUUUGGACGGAGUCACGAAGGAGAGGCUGUAAAAUUUCUUGAGAUCUUACUGGGUAUCGCAGUAAAUGGUCUCGGGUUGACGUUUUCCAUGUUUUGACGCGUCAUUGGUACUUCGUUUUUCUUAUUGGUUUUAUACCUGGGAAUGAAGGUUCGCGAGCUUUGUAGCAGAGCUGGAUUUGAUGUCAAUGCUGUUGCCGGGGCUCGAGCUUUAGGGUUCUCGUCGUUUCUUUUCUGCAUUUCUCUUCGAUUUCUUGUGGGGAGUGGACCGUUGGGUAGGAAAACAAGGGAUUGCUUUUCAUUCCACGUUAUUUUUUUUUGCGUUUUUUGAUAUGUGGGGAGGGUUAGAUUGAAAUGGGGGAGACCAUUUGCGGAGUAGAGGUUGAAAGAAAUGAAUCUUGAGGUCUUCUUUCCGGGGAUGUAGUGAAUGUAGAGAGCUUGGAAGCGGACGCUAAUGUUUAUCUGGGGGACUCUGUGUCACCAUGCCGAGCAUACGUCCGCCAGCAUCGAAACAAACUGCGACGUUGACGGUUGCGGUGAAAUGCCGGCCGUUAACUGACGCAGAACGCAAAAGGAAUCGCAAUAUUGUCCGAGUUACUGAUGAUAAGGGAGUUGUUGUUCUUGAUCCUGAUGAAUCAAAGCAUUACCUGGACCGAAUUCAGAAUCGGACUAAGGAAAAACGAUACUCGUUUGACUAUGCAUUUGCGCCUGGAUGUACGAACACGGAUGUUUACAGGAAUAUAUCGUCAAUAAUUGCUGGCAUAGUUCAAGGUCUGAAUGCCACUAUAUUUGCUUAUGGCUCAACUGGGAGUGGCAAAACAUACACCAUGGUUGGUACUCAUCAGGAUCCUGGAUUGAUGGUUCUUAGUCUGCGAACGAUAUUUGAUCUGAUUGAUAAAAAUAAAAGCACAGAUGACUUUGAAGUCACAUGUUCUUAUCUUGAAGUUUACAAUGAGGUUAUAUAUGACUUGCUUGAGAGGUCAUCUGGCCACUUGGAAUUGAGAGAAGAUCCUGAACAUGGAAUAACAGUUGCUGGUCUGAGAAGCGUAAAGGUUCAUUCUGCUGAUAAGAUUGUUGAACUACUGAAUUUGGGGAACGGUAGACGGAAAACAGAAAGCACUGAAGCAAAUGCAACAUCUUCACGAUCACAUGCUGUUUUGGAGAUCAUUGUAAAAAGAAAACAGAAGAAUAAGUACCGUGGUCAAGUUUUACGUGGAAAGCUUGCACUUGUUGAUCUUGCUGGAAGUGAAAGAGCUUCUGAAACAAAUAUUGGAGGCCAAAAGCUUAGAGAUGGUGCAAAUAUUAAUCGUUCUCUUCUGGCCUUAGCUAACUGCAUCAAUGCAUUGGGGAAACAACAAAAAAAGGGCCUUGCAUAUGUUCCAUAUCGGAAUAGCAAGUUGACACGGAUUCUGAAGGAUGGUCUUAGUGGAAAUUCCCGUACUGUCAUGGUUGCAACAAUAUCUCCUGCAGAUGACCAGUAUCAUCAUACAGUAAAUACAUUAAAAUAUGCUGACAGAGCAAAAGAGAUUAAGACACACAUUCAGAAAAAUGUCGGCACGAUUGAUACCCAUGUUUCAGACUAUCAGAGGAUGAUUGACAAUCUGCAGGUUGAAGUUUCACUUUUGAAAAAGCAACUGGAAGAAAAGGAGUUACAGCUGUGCACUAAACCAACAGAAAAAGCUGCAGACAAUGAGCUAUCAUGGUUGAACAUUUUGAGUCAUGAAACAAAUGAAAAUGUUCAGGAACGUAUAAACUUACAGAAAGCAAUGUUUGAACUUGAGGAAACUAAUAUUCGUAACCGUAUUGAGCUGCAACGUCUUGAUGAUGCCAUUGCCAAGCAACAGGCCACUGAAAAGGAUGAAGCAGUUGUGCAAGCUCUAAGGUCAAGGAGGCAAGUUAUUCUUGACAAUAUUCGUGAUAAUGAUGAGGCUGGGUCUGGCUACCAGAAGGAAAUUGAAGAAAAUGAGAAACAGCGCAGGCAGCUGCAAAAUAUGAUUGAAGAAGCCAUAAGAAAUAAUGGCAACAAAACCUACUUGCAUAUUCUCAGUCAAUAUCGCCUCCUGGGAAUGGCGAAUACUGAACUUCAGUUUGAAAUAGCAAUACGGGAUCAAUUUAUACAUGAACAAAGAGAAGCACAUAAGAAUCUGUGGAACUUGCUCAUGGCUUCAGGUCUUGACCAUAAACAGAUAAUGGAAGUGGCUGCUAAGCAAGGCAUUACCAUAGAGGAUUGGGGUAGACCUCCUCCUCCUCUGGGACUUCCUAGCACAAAGCAGUCACCUGCUCGAGUUUAUGGCAGGUUCCCACAUUUACCAUCAUAUCCAGGAAGUCCUGGCUUUGUUCAUAACAGACAGCCAUAUGCUUCAUCUGCAUGUCUACUCCAGCAUCAACAGGACUUCAGUUCCAUGUCCUGUUACAAUAGUCCAUGGGACAACCGUACCUUGUGCAGACAAGAGCACCAUAGCUCCUUCUAUUUACUGUCUCAUGACCACUCACCAUCAUCAUAUCUGGGGACCAGAAAUCCAAGUGAAUAUUGGGCUGCUGCAGUAGAACCAUCUCAGCGUUUCUGCUCUCCGGAUAAACAUGCACAAGAUGCACAUGGUUCUCUGCACCCAGAAAUGCAAAACAAGUCUUGCUAUUGGAACAAAGACAAUUGUGUGCCUUGGGCUUCUUUCAAAGAAGACUAUGGUGGACUGCAUAAGGGGCCAGAUGCUUGCCAAACAAGUUCUCAAUUAAAGGCGACUAAAGCACUUCACAGGCCUUCGGAUCGCGCUCCUCAUGUGCCCAAUUCUCAGCAGGUAUACUGUGCUGCACGCGGCACUUCCUAUCAGAGUUGCCCGGAAUUAUCCAAGUUACAACCACCACCCUUUGCAUCACCAGGGAUGAGGACUCUCAGCUCCCUCACCGCUGAAUUCCGAGGUCACCCUUUCGGUUUUGUAUAGAUUCUGUGUUGAUGUAAAUAUAUCAAUCUUUCCUCGAUUUUGGCUCUUCCACGAGGUGUAUUUUUCAUGAUAUGCGCGUAACCAUCACAUCAAUCCCUGCCUUGUGAUUGAAAAAUCAACCUUCACCAGUUAAUAUGCUUAGGAAAAUGAGUCCUGUCAUUUGAAAAAUGCUUGUUUGCCAUUUGAUUAAAAGAAAAACAGCAUUAUCUGACAAAUUUAACCCCAAAGACUAAUUUGGAUUUGGAAUUCUUCAGUAAAAGGCAGAGAUUGAUUUGUCAA